UUUUUUUUAAAGUUAUGGAGAUGAAGACGCUUCUCAAAGUUAUGUUCUUCUUGUUCUCUUACUUAAGUACGUUUUCAUUGGCAAUGGUACCAUAUCGUGGUUGUGACGUUAUUGGAGUAGAUUUGGGAGAUGGAUCGGGCAAUUACGGGAAGGGAGUGUCCAAGGGUUUUUUGUCGGGUCGUAAGUUAGUUUCUGGUCCGAGUCGUAGUUCUUGUGGUCACUAACCGUCAGUAAAGUAAGUUUAGUAAUAAUAAGAACUUUAUUAUGUUAGUUCUCUUCAUGAUUAUUAUUAUGUCUCUGCUGCCUUUAGACCUAUGAAUAUUGUAAUGAGUUUUAACGAUGUGCUUAAUGAAAUGAAUGGCUUGCAACUUUUGUUGAAUGUUUUUAUUUGUAGUUUGAA